AUGACUCUGAAGCGGAAGCGUGAAGAAGAACAAGCUGUAGACAAUGCAGAAGACAAUCGCAUCCGAACGAACAGUCAUGACCAGCAAUCAGAGGCAACAUUGGCGCCCUCUUCCAAAUCUAAAUCGGGCUCAAAGUCCAAGCAAAAGCUGAGAGAGGGAACCGCAAGGAGUAAAGAUGCGAAAAAUGGCUCUGAAAGCACGCCACACGAAGGAAAGCCUGCAAAGCAAAAGUUGCAGAACAAAAAGAUACCGAGCAAAAUUCCGUUCAAGCCACGACCCAAGAUUGUCAAGUUGGCUCCUCAUCGCCCGUAUCCAACUGUCCCGACCUCGUCCAAUGCGACAGGACCCAAGUCUAAACGGGCUGAAGGCGGUAACAAGAUCUGUGUGACUCGUAAGACAAACCUGGGCGCGUAUCUCUCCCAGUGUAAGGACGUGUUUAUUAAAGGAGGUCAUAAAGAGUUGUUUCUAUCAGCGAUGGGUGCUGCAAUACCGCAUGCGGUUAUGCUAGCAACUUCAUUGCCCGGUAUUCUCCCUUUUAGCCCAGAGGAAAUCAAAACAUCUGUUAAGACGGGCUCUGUUAGCGUAAUGGACGAGGUCAUCCCUAUGGAUGAAGAUGAAGAGGGUGGUACGCAAACUCGUAACAAGGCAACUAUUGAAAUAGUCAUUCGUGUAAGGUCGGGGCUACCAGAUCCUUCUGCUCGACGUGCAACUACGAUAUCCGAGGAUUCUUUCUCUGACUGA